GCCGCCGAGACCCCGGCGCGACCCCGCCGCCCGCACAAAAUGUCGGCCCGGACGCCAUUGCCGACGGUGAACGAGCGGGACACGGAGAAUCAUACAUCUGUGGAUGGGUACACCGAGCCACAUGUCCAGCCUACCAAAUCAAGUAGCAGACAGAACAUCCCGCGGUGUAGAAACUCCAUCACGUCAGCAACAGAUGAACAGCCUCACAUUGGAAAUUACCGUUUACAGAAAACAAUAGGGAAGGGCAAUUUUGCCAAAGUGAAAUUGGCAAGACACGUUCUGACUGGUAGAGAGGUGGCUGUGAAAAUAAUAGACAAAACUCAGCUAAAUCCUACCAGUCUACAAAAGUUGUUUCGAGAAGUACGAAUAAUGAAGAUUCUGAAUCAUCCUAACAUCGUAAAAUUGUUUGAAGUUAUUGAAACAGAGAAGACCCUUUAUUUGGUCAUGGAAUACGCAAGUGGGGGUGAAGUAUUUGAUUACUUAGUUGCCCAUGGAAGAAUGAAAGAAAAAGAGGCCCGUGCAAAAUUUAGGCAGAUUGUAUCUGCUGUGCAAUAUUGUCAUCAAAAGUGCAUUGUUCAUCGUGAUCUUAAGGCUGAGAACCUUCUCCUUGAUGCUGAUAUGAAUAUUAAAAUUGCUGACUUUGGUUUUAGUAAUGAAUUUACAGUUGGGAACAAGUUGGACACAUUUUGUGGAAGCCCACCCUACGCUGCUCCCGAGCUCUUCCAGGGAAAGAAGUACGACGGGCCUGAGGUGGACGUGUGGAGUCUGGGCGUCAUUCUCUACACACUGGUCAGCGGCUCACUGCCUUUCGAUGGCCAGAACCUGAAGGAGCUGCGGGAGCGAGUCUUACGGGGGAAGUACCGCAUCCCUUUCUACAUGUCCACUGACUGUGAAAACCUUCUCAAGAAAUUAUUAGUGCUGAAUCCCAUAAAGAGAGGCAGCUUGGAACAAAUAAUGAAAGAUCGAUGGAUGAAUGUUGGUCAUGAGGAGGAGGAAUUAAAGCCAUAUACUGAGCCUGAAGCGGACUUCAAUGACACAAAAAGAAUAGACAUCAUGGUGACCAUGGGUUUUGCACGAGAUGAGAUAAAUGACGCCUUAAUAAAUCAGAAAUAUGAUGAAGUUAUGGCUACUUACAUCCUAUUAGGUAGAAAACCACCAGAAUUUGAAGGCGGGGAGUCCUUGUCCAGUGCAAACUUAUGCCAACGCUCCCGGCCCAGUAGUGACUUGAAUAACAGUACCCUCCAGUCGCCCGCCCACCUGAAGGUCCAGCGGAGCAUCUCUGCGAAUCAGAAGCAGCGGCGGUUUAGUGACCACGCUGGCCCAUCCAUCCCCCCUGCUGUGUCGUACACCAAAAGGCCGCAGGCCAACAGCGUGGAGAGUGAGCAGCAGGAGGAGUGGGACAGGGACGUGGCUCGCAAACUCGGCAGCACGGCAGGCGGAUCAAAGAGCCAGAUGACAACCAGCCCGCUUGUAGGGCCAGAGCGGAAAAAGUCUUCAACAAUGCCAAGUAACAAUGUGUAUCCCGGAGGCAGCAUGGCCAGGAGGAACACAUACGUCUGUGAAAGGACCACAGACCGAUACUCGGCUUUGCAGAAUGGCAAAGACAGCAGCCUCACGGAGAUGUCCGCCAGUAGCGUAUCUUCUACAGGCUCUGCGGUGGCUUCCACUGGCCCCUCGGCACGACCCCGCCACCAGAAGUCCAUGUCCGCCUCUGGUCAUCCUAUUAAAGUCACACUGCCAACCAUCAAAGACGGCUCUGAAGCUUACCGGCCCAGCACGACGCAGAGAGUGCCGGCCGCCUCCCCGUCUGCCCACAGUAUUAGCGCCAGCACCCCGGACCGGACCCGCUUCCCGCGCGGGAGCUCCAGCCGCAGCACCUUCCACGGGGAGCAGCUCCGCGAGCGCCGCAGCGCAGCCUACAACGGGCCGCCCGCCUCGCCCUCCCACGAGACUGGAGCCUUCGCACAUGCCCGGAGGGGCACGUCCACCGGCCUUAUCAGCAAGUUGACGUCCAAGUUCGUCCGCCGGGAUCCGAAUGAAGGCGAAGCCAGUGGCCGAACAGACACCUCAAGAAGCACAUCAGGAGAACCAAAGGAGAGAGACAAGGAAGAGAGCAAAGACUCCAAGCCACGCUCCUUGCGGUUCACGUGGAGCAUGAAGACCACUAGCUCAAUGGACCCCAAUGACAUGAUGAGGGAAAUCCGCAAAGUGCUGGAUGCAAAUAACUGUGAUUAUGAACAGAAAGAGAGGUUCUUGCUUUUCUGUGUCCACGGCGACGCUAGACAGGACAGCCUCGUGCAGUGGGAGAUGGAAGUCUGCAAGUUGCCACGUCUGUCACUUAACGGGGUGCGCUUCAAGCGAAUAUCGGGGACAUCUAUUGCCUUUAAGAACAUUGCAUCAAAAAUAGCAAAUGAGCUUAAACUGUAAAGAAACUCAAAUUUACAGGAUCAGGGAAGACCAUCCAUAUAUGAGGUCCAGUUUUUGAAUGUACUGGCAACGCCUAUGUGAUUGGCCUGUGAACCCCCACGUAGAAUGCCCUUAAUGCAAUAAGGUUAUACAUAGUUAUGAACUGUAAAAUUAAAGUCAGUACGAACUAUAAUAAAUAUCUGUAGCUAAAAAGUAGGUUCACAUGUACAGGUAAGUAUAUUGUGUAUUUUGUUCAUUUUCUGUUCAUAGAAUUGUAUAAUAAAACAAAUGAUUGCUUAAAAACUUGUAUAGUUGUCUAGAUUUCUGCACAUAAAUGUAUGUUUGAUGCUUUGAGUGGAAAAGUUGACCUUCCCUGUUAUUUGCGUUCUGGUGGGUUUUUAAAAUUCUUACCUCCAUCAUGCAAUUUUGAGAAUUGUGUCCAGGAUUAAAAGUGCACAGAAAUAGUCUUUACAAUUGUAGCAUGGACUUUUAACAAAUUAUUUUAAAGUCAUAUUUAAAUUUAAACAAGAAGCUGAUAAAUAGAUCGGCUUUAUUAUACACAGAAUUAUUCCUGCUUAUCUUUGCCUCUCCUCCUUGUUAUCGGACAAGGCUUAGUUGAGAAGAUACAACGUGUUUACAGCAUUGGCACUUAGAGUUCUAAAAGUAAAUACAUGAAAAUAAUAAUAGCUUUGCCUUGAGCUAACUAAGAAGUCCUGGGGGAAAAAGGUUAAAACUCUAUCCAAUUUCCUUUCAACUUUAAAGCGUUUUCUGGCCCACUGCUAACAGCAGAAUUAAAAAGAGUGAAUACUUCAUCUGGCUAUUGUAAUGUAAACUCACUUAGGUUGGCUGCCUUCUGAAUCCUGCAGUGUCAUUGUGGAAAUCCAAUCCUAACUGGACGGUUUCAUAGCACAAACUCAUCUUACAGUGUUGGUCAAUGCAUCAGUUAAGAAUAAUGCCACCUCAGGAAUUAACUGGCAUUGGGGACAUUUGCCUCACUCUCCUCUCAUCCACCCCCAACAGUAACACCUGUAAGUACUUUAGGGACUUUGGAGCAAAACAUACUAUUUAUAACAGUGUACUAUUGAUUUAGCCUUAUGUGGUCAUUCUGUAAGCUGUUUUCUUUUUAAUAUUUUGCUAGAUUUCUUGUAUUUAUUCCACAUCGUUAAUGCCUAUAAUGUGCAGCUUUGUAACUGGGCACUUGCCUACUUUUCUUUCCUAAUUGGUGAUAUUUGCGAUGUAAAACCACUGGUAAAGGUACAUUUUAAUACUUGUUAUUUUAUGCGGAAUCAGCUGUGGAGGUUGACUGUGCAAUGUUAUUGAAUGUUGUCAUUACUGCAAUAUCAACAUAUGGGUCCCAUUUGCACACUCCUGAGAAAAAGAAAGUGUAUUCAAAUUUUAUCAGUUUGAAAAAAAAAAUAAAACUGAUCGACACUGGACUCCUAACCUACACAAGAGGGCCCUGAGCGUGGGGAAGCGCCACUCUGGUUGCUUCCAGACGAGGGUGAACCUUACUUUCCGUACUGUGCUGUGAUGUAGCUUUCUUCUGUAACAGUUCUGUUCUAAAAUGAAGUGUAUUUUUGCCUUAGCAAAGGGUGGUGUUUGGAAAAAAAAAAAAAACAACUGUGUGUAGCCCCUUUUAACCUAGUGUUCAUUCAAAAAAAAUUGAUGCAAAUAUUUCUUCACUUUCACUGGUGCACACUGAAAUUUUACUUGAACAGUUCUCAUAAUAAAGCACUUGUCUUUUGCUCUUUA